AUGGCCGCUGGAACACUAUACGCUAUUAAGAAUGCAAGGGGGAUGCUGCCCCGUGCUCUAGUUGAGUGGCUCGAACUGGACAUCGAGCUCGUCAACCCUAGUGACAAAGCUGAGGAGUUUAAAAGUUUAUUUCCCUUGGGAAAGAAUCCCGCCUAUCAGGGCCGCGAUGGCUUUCAAUUGACCGAAGUUAUCGCAGUUCUGUACUACCUGGUCAACUUAAAGGGUGAUGCAGAAUUAGAAAAGACACUUUACGGAUCCACGCUCGAGGAACGUUCUCAAGUGCUCAGAUUUUUGUCUUUUACAAAUCAUGAAAUUACCCAAAGCACAAUUGCAGUGGUUACAGCAGCUAGAUCCAAUGCGGCGCAAGAGCAGUAUGAUGAGAAGCUCUCCCAGUGUAUUGCAUGCUUUGGGUACUUGGAGAACCGCUUGACCGAACACGAGUUUCUCGUGAAUGACCACAUCACAAUUGCCGAUUUGUUCACUGCCACUAUAUGCGCAACUCUGUAUGGAUUUGCGCUUGGAAAGGAUAAGUUUGGUGGCUUUUCCAAGCUCAGUGAAUGGCUCUCCAAGGUGUUGCAGCACCCAGUGUUGAAGGGCAAAGUUGACACUUCAACGUUUGUAGAGACUACCAUUUCUCUUCCUCCAACUAAUUGA